AUGUCAAAAAAUGACUCAUUUGUUGAAAAGAUCAGCCAGCAAUUGGAUGAAUCUCAAUUAAAAUCCAAAGAUUUUUCGGAUUUUUGUAAACAUUGUGAGUUUUUUUUCAUCAUUUUUCAUAAAAAAAAGAGAGAAAUUAUAUAAACAAAAUUUUCAGAUGCUGCACUAUCUGCAGAAGCGGAACAAAAAGCAAAUGUGAGAAAUCAAAAUGAUGAGGGAAGUCGGUUACAAGAUGAAAUUGCACAAUUGUAUAUUGACAAGGGGAAAAAUGAUCAGAUGUUGAUUGAUGCGAACACGCGGAAUUUGAGGAUGGAAGAGAAAAUGGAGGAUUUCAGUCAUUUUUUGAAACAAAUGGAUGAGAAUUAUAAAAAGAAAUGUGCAAAGUAUGCUCAAUUAGAAGUGGAAUUUAAACGGAUGAAAAGUGAUCAUUCAGAUAACAAAGAUGAAAGAUUAGCAUUUAACGUAAGUUUGAAUAUUAUAAAAUUGAAGGGAGGUCAGGUAAAAACCUAUCUCACAGAGACAUACAUUCAGGUAAUCCUGGAAUUAAAAUGCCAAAAACCUAGCUGAAACUUUUUAGAUUUAUUUCGUUUCUGAUCUAUCCCCUUCCCCAACAUUAAUGUUAAAAACCUUGAACUCAACUGAUUUCAGACAAAUGUUGCACUUCUACGCGACCAAAUCCAAAAACUGGAGGAUGAACGGAUCCAGCUUAUGAAUAAAAUACGGCAAUUGAAUGAGCAAAAAAACGAGAUCCAAAAUGCGGAAACACAAUUAGAAGAGCGACGGGCAAGCUUGAUGGCAAAGGAUAGAGCUAAUUCUCAAAGUAUUGUACGCAAAGAUCAAGAGAUGACGAAAUUGGCUGCUCCCGAAAAAGAGAUCAAAUCCGAUUUAUUUUUAGCCGACACCAUUCCAACUAUCAAAAUGUUCAAUAUCGUAUGUUUUUAAUUUCAUUUGAAAAACACAGGAACGACUCAUCAAAUUAAUGAUUUAUUUCAGAAAAUUGAUGAUGGAGAAGUCAAUGACGUCAAAUGGAUUUCACAAGACACCUUUGCAACAGGAGGAUCUGAUAGAUGUGUGAAACUAUGGAAAACUACCGAUGAUGAACCAUUGAAACUGUGAGUUUUGAAAAAAGUUUCAAAAUUUUCGAAAUGAAAUGUUUUUUUUAAGAAAUUCGCUAACUGGGAGUAGCGCUUCGAUUACACAAUUGGAUUUUGACCCACAGCGAAGAAACUUGCUGGCUUCAUCAAAUGAUAAAAAUUUGCUUUUAUAUAAUAUGGACUUGUUGAGGCUGACGGUUAGUUUUUUAUUGAAGUUUUGUCAUCUUCAUCUUAUAAAAACAAUCUUAAUUCAGGCAACUCUCUCUGGACACAGUGAUUCUGUAACAUGUACCAAGUUUUAUUCAACUAAUGGUGCUAUUUCUGGAAGUGCAGAUAGAAUUCUAAAAAUUUGGGAUCUCGCAUCCCAACGAUGUACCCGCUCUUUCUACCCGAUCUCAAAAAUUCUUGAUCUCGAAACUCGUUUCGCCACAAGUCCUGCUAUAUUUGCAUCAGCUCAUCAUGACAAAAAUGUUCGAAUUUGGGAUGGAAGAUCAAGCGAACCUGCACAAUCAGUUGUUUUGGGAGGACGUGUCACCUCACUUUUUAUGUCAAAAACUGGGCAAGAAAUGUUGUGCUCGACUAGGGAUGAUACGCUGUCAUUGAUUGAUAUUCGAACUUUUGGUAUUGUACAUAAUUAUAGUUUUGAGAAUUAUCAUACAAGUUCGGAUUAUUCAAGAUGUGUCAUUUCACCAGGUGGUGAUUAUGUUGCUGCUGGGUGAGUAAAAAAGAUUUUGAAAAAGACCAUUAAAAAAAUAUUUGUUUUUUCCAGUGGCUCCAAUGGCGCUGUGGUCAUAUGGAAUAAAAUGACAGCCCGUAUCGAAAAAGUUCUCCAGUCAGAAUCAGAAAGCACAGUUCUCUCAAUUGCUUGGAAUCCAACUGGACAAGGGCUCCUUUCCGCGUUUCGCCAGAAAAACGUGGCUUGUUAUAAAUAA